UGUAUGCCACUUCAGCAAUUCUGACCGUAGUAAACUGAAACAAGAAUAACCAUAUUUGGGAUGUCGGUUCAGUGUUUCUUCCUUUGGAUGUUUCAGCUUUUAUACAAGUCUUUUGUGUUUUUGUCGUACAAAUUCUGGAUCAUCUCCAUGGAAGUUCAUCAUGCAGGUCCUGAAAAUAUUAAAGAAACUACAGGAGUUGGACAUUACCAUAGAUAUUCUUGCAGAGACUGGAAUUGGAAAAGCUGUAAACUCUCUUCGCAAGCAUGGAGAUGCAGGAGAAGCUGCCAAGUUAUUAGUCAGUCACUGGAAGAAAAUGGUUCCAAAAGAAACCUUAAGCCAUUCAGAAAAGGAUGACGCUUCGCAGUCCAAACAUUUGAAAACUGAAGUGGAGUUGAAGAAUGUUUCAAAGGGGUGCGCAGAUAUACAGGAUAAAAAUAUUUCAAAACAUGAGGGUUUCAGAAUUGCGGAAAAUCAAGAUGGGCAUACUUCAAAAGAGGAGCAUUUUAAAAGUUUUGAGAAAAACCAGGGAACUUCAAAAGAAGGGCAUUUCAAAACUGAAAUUAAAUACCAAGGUACUGCAGAGGAGGGGGGUUUGAAAACUGAGGACAAAACCCAAAGUACUUCCAAAUAUGAUCAUUUGAUAACUGAAGACAAAAAAACAAGUACUUUAGAGAAGACAAAUUUACAGGGUGUGGAUCAAGACUCAAGUGACAACAAAAAGGAUCAUUUUAAAAGUGAGAAGGAAAACACACAUGCUUUGAAGAAGGAACAAAAAUAUCAGGUGAAAGGGGAGGGUUUAGGGGUUUCUGAAAAAAACAAAAAUGGUAGAUAUUCUGAAACUGUUAUGCUUGGAAGCAGGAAAUCUAAAAGCUGCCAAGAGAGAUCGUUUUCCAGAGAAGAGUGUAAAAACCAUUCAGACAACAGAGAAAUAUGUGGGAUAAAAAGAGACUCUUGUAGUGAAACACGAUCAUGUCCAAAAGCAUCAAAACCAAACCGCAAAGAGUCUUUAACAUUACAACCUGAUAAAAGUACAGUAAUUGACAAUUCCAGUGACCAAGACAACAAAGAAUCUGAAAGAAGAGAAACUGUUGGUCAUAGUGGGGAGAGGAGGAAGCCUAGUGAAAGAAAGCAAGUCUACCUUGAAGAUGAAGGAAAAACUAUACAUGAGGGAAAAUCAAAGACCAAAGAGAAAAUGGUGAAGAUUAAUGAAGACGAGCCAAACGAAAUUGAUAUUGAGGGGCCCUCUAUGUCUUUUGAGUCUUUCUUGAGCUAUGAUAUUGGUGUACCUAAGAGGAAGAAAAAGUCUGAAUAUAGCAAACCUCCAAAGAAAUUGAAGACUGUUGAAAAAGUAAAAGUUGUAAAGGCAUUAAGCGAAAAAUCUGAUGAACAGUUACCUGAGAUGAUGGCAAAUGUUUCUCCCAAAAAGGCUAUGAAGGGGUCUGUGAUGGACCUGCUUAACAUUCCAUUGCCCACAUUUCUACCUGAAUAUGAUGAACUCUCCAACUUCAACUACUAUGACAGUAAAAUGUCAGUUGAAGAAAAGUAUGAAGUGUCUGAUGUUUCUGAGGAGGGCCCAGUAUUUACUGGUCAAAGACUCAACCGGAAGAUGCAGGUGUAUUCUGGCGCCAAAGCUGCGUUUCUCCCAACCAUGAUGUCCCUGUACCAGCAAUGCAUCCGUGCGCUGCAGAACAACAUUGACUUGCUGUAUGAAAUCGGAGGGGUCCCGUUUGAAAUCCUUGAGCCCGUGCUAGAGCGCUGUACACCCGAUCAACUGCUCCGUAUCGAAGAGUGCAACCCGGUGUAUAUUGGAUUGACUGAUCACCUAUGGGAGAAGCAUUGUCAGCGGGAUUUCAGGAAUGCUCAGCUGGAGGAGUAUGAAUCCUGGAGAGAGAUGUACAUUAGGCUAUCUGAGGAACGGGAGAGGAAGCUCCAAAGACUCACAAAAACCAUCGUCUCAGCCCAUUCAGGAAAACCCAAAGGCCGCCAGGUGAAGCUGGCGUUUAUUAACUCUGUUGCCAAGCCCCCUAGAAAUGUGAGAAUCCAGCAAGAAAUCCAUGGAACUGCUAGACAUCCAAAACUCCAGCAAGAGGUUCAUGGAUCUGCUGGCGCUCCUCUCAAGCCUCAAAUGCAGGACAUUCACAGUGUGAAGGACAACAGAGCUAGACCCUGCUAUGGUGAGUCUCAGAGACCCAGCAGCACUGUCAGUGGAACCAGCCAAGCACAAGACCUGCGCAAAAAAACACGGGUGGCACCUAUGAUGGCAAAGUCUCUAAAGGCUUUUAAAAAUAUGGGGCGUAGGUGAAGGCUGAUUGUCUCCCAGAAACAGUUUUGUAAAAAGGUGCAUUCAUUCCACCUUGUUGAAUGUUCACUGUUCCAAUCUUCCAUUUGGAGACAGAAUCGGUACUGUCAAUAACUGUUGUUUCAUCUUUUUUUGUUUACAAAAGUAUGGAGGGUUGUUUUGUAAAGUCUUUUGUAUAUUGGGCCGGUGUUAUUUCGAUUUUUGUUGUACAGAAUUACAAUUCCCCCCCCCCCCCUCCACACACACUCUUAUGGAACUGAUAAGAAUAAUACUUAGAAGAGCUGGAGAAAGGUGAUAACUAUGUAAGAGUGCUAGGGCUUAUCUAUACUCCAUUCACAGCCAUACAUCUUCCACAGUUGUUUGCUCAUGCUUCUUGUAAAACAGUUCCUGUAGGAAUGAUAGGAAUGUUGUAAAUGUUAUUUGUUGGUUGAAAUUGUCACAAUGAAUGAGUUACACUAUUAAAUAUGAUGAAAAUAA